AUGUCGUCGUCUUCCGCGGAGAAGACACAGGAGCAGGAGCCAGAGCAGAUUAGAAUAAAGAAGAAACCUAAUGGUACAGGAAGGAAGAAGAUUGAGAUGAAGAAAAUAGAGAAGAAUUCAAGUCGAAAAGUUGCAUUUUCGAAGCGACGAAAAGGUUUGUUUAAAAAGGGUGGUGAACUUUGCCGGUUAUGUGAUGCGAUGAUUGCCAUAAUUGUGUUUUCUCCCAAAGGUAGAGUUUAUACUUAUGGCUACCCGUCUGUUGACGGUGUUAUUGACCAAUUUCAGAGUGAAGAAGAUGAACAACGACAACAACCAGAAGAUCAAAAUCAAUAUAUCAAUGAUGAAAAUAAAUACAAUGUGGAUGAUGAAAGAGGGUCUAUUUCCUUAUAUCAUGAAGAGAAUUGUGAUUGUGUAUCAGAGAAUUCCGCCGCAGAAGCGGCGGAAGAGGGCGGAGAAAAAGAAGAAGAAGAAGGAGAAGAAGAGAAGGAGGAGUAUUGGUGGGAGGAGGACAUAGAGGGAUUGGAGUUGCAGGAACUAGAGAGAAGGAGGGCUUGUAUGGAGGAGUUGAGAGACAAUAUGGCUUUAUCCCUUGAGGAGACGAUGGUGCGUAGAUAUUAUGAGAGGGACCUUUUUGGGAAGUGA